AUGAGAAUAUUAUCCGCAUUCUUCACUGUUUUAUUCACGUUCAUUAAUCCUGUGAUGCUAUUCAAAAUACUCUCCGAAAUGGAAUAUUUUUUCGAAAAUCAGAAGCACUCUCCACCACAAUUGCAAUUAGAAGCUCUCGAAUUAGUUUACACGUAUGUUGUUUCGAAUAACUUACUGACUCGUGUAAAAACUGCAGCAUUCAUAUUAGUAACACUGAUGUCAUUUCUGCAUGUUAUUUUCUCAAUUCUUAGUCUUUAUGGUAUUUAUGCUUGUAGGCCUAUAUUUAUGCGGCCACUUCUACUAGACAUUGUCUUGAGUCUCUUGAUACUCAGUGGAUUUGUUACAUUCUCUAUAACUGUUUAUUGGUUUCAUGGUGUAGACGGAACAAUGAAACAUCACGAAUGUAUAAAAGCGCAUCUUCGAACUUCGUACGUCAGCUCUGCAUUCCUUCUAGCAUAUCUAGUAUGGGCAAUCGUCUCGUAUGCUGGGUUUAGGGAUACUGAAAGAAUGCAUGCGGAUUUUAUGUACUGGAUUGUGGAAGAACGGAUGUCAUUGAAAUCACAAAAGCAUAACGUCUCUGUAGAUAAUAGUGCUCAAAAAUCUGAUAGAUCAUCCAAAGGAUCAAAAGCUAGUAGCCGCAGUGCAAAGUCUGAGCGAUGGUCGUUAUCCAGACCUAAUUCCGUGUCUACAAGUGUUUGUAGUAACAAGCGCUCGAGCGACCCUCCUGUAGAGGUGAAAAAGGAGGAGUCGCACGGAAGUAACACCAAUGCCUCUAAUACCAACGUGAAGCAAGGAGAACGUACACGUAGACGAUCCAACAAAGACCAGGAUGGCGGUUCUCGCAAUGGCAGUCGUCACAACAGCUACUCUGCCAGCAAAGACAAAGGAAGAAAAGAUUGGCACGACCGUAAAAGCCAAAGUCAAGGCGGAAACGGAGCUUUGAAACAACCAGCCAAGCAAGAUUCUUCCGAUGGAAAGAAGAGAACCCGAAGCACUAACUCUACUAAUGGCCGACGUCAACGUGAUUCGACUCGCACUGCUUCCCAAACUAGUAAUGGAGAAUAUCUUGAUGAAUUCCCAGAUGAUCUUGAGGAGCCCUUCAGUGAUUCAGAUGACGAGUUCGCAUCAUCCCAACCGCAAAAAAUGAGUUUAACAUUACCAUCAGCUCGUAUCAGAACUCUUUCUGGUACCGUCCCAACUGUAGGAUAUUCACCAAAGUGGGGUGGACCAACAAUGUGUGUCAGCUGUCUCGAAUUUUUCGACCUUCCAGAGCAACUUGAACAUUUCACUGAGCAUUUGCUCAUUGAACAUAAAAUUGUUGUUUCUGAGAUGGAACUCAUUGUUGAUCCCAAAAGAUACAUUGCUCACUGGCGUCAACGUUUCGCCAAAGAAAGUGUGGACAAAAUCUUCCCACGUGUUGAACCAAAGGAAGGAGACGCUUUAUUUGGAAAGACUGACUAUUUUUACAAUAUGUCUGAAGCUUUGCCUGAGGAUUAUUCUUUAAGACAAAGGCUCGCAAUGAGACGACUAGAAGAAGCUCUUUCUUGUCAACAACGAGAAAGAGACGACAAAUCGUUCCAACUACAAUGCAUCUUCUGUCGUUAUACUGCCCGAGGAAACAGAUCCAAAAUCAUCCACCAUCUUUACAUGAUUCACCAUUUGAAUCUUGGAUCUCCUGAUAAUCUUGUAUUCGUCACUGAAUACAUUGAGCAUUUGAAGGAGAAAAUGCAGAGAAACGAGUGUAUUUACUGUGAAAAGACCUUCCAAGAUAAGAACACCUUGAUGGAUCACAUGAGAAAGCGCAACCAUCGCGAAGUUAAUCCUAAAAAUCACUACUAUGACAAAUUCUACAUCAUCAACUAUCUUGAACUCGGAAAACGUUGGUUGGAUGUUCUUGCUGAAGACUUUGAAGAUACUAUGCCAACAUUCCAAGAUUCUGACGAAGAAGAGGAAGAUAAUUCAUGGUGUGAAUGGCAAGAGGAUUACAACGCUAUGGAAGAUACAAGAGUUCUCUGUCUGAUGUGUGAUGAAAGUGCUGAGUGCGUUGAAACUAUGUUUACCCAUAUGAAGGACACCCAUAAGUUGGAUUUGAUUGGUGAAAUCGAAAAGAACAAAUGGGGAACCUACGAGAGAAUGAAGCUUAUCAACUACAUCAGAACACAGAACUUCAAUGGUGUAUGUUGGAUUUGCCAGAAAAGCGAUUUGGGAAACACAAUUCAAUUGGCGAAGCACCUAAAAGAAGAGGAAAAUCCCUUCAAGGGUUUUCCUGAUCGCUCUGUUUGGGAUAAAGAAGACAAUCUGGUUCCCCUAUUCGGAAACGAUCACCUUUUGUGGAUGCUUGAAUCUUAUUUCGAGGGACGUGAAGGAACACCAUGCGACAUAGACGAGCGAAACAGACGUGAUCUGGAUAAGUCUAUUCAAACCAUCAUCGAAGAGAGUCAGAAGAACACCGUUGAAGGAGUUCUUGCUGAGGAUCUUCCUGACUUGCACGAGCUCAACAGCACCGACCUUGAUGAGUUGAUGUAA